AUAAAAAAGAAAGAGUGUAUAGCCAGGUAAGCAAAUGAUUUAAAAUAAAUGGCAAUUUCUCAUCGUGCUUUCCGUGAUUAAUUUUCAUGGUCAAUGUAAGGAAUCCAGAUUCCAAUCCCGAUCGCGCGCGAGAAAACAACUCGUUUAAAAAUUGAUCAAGGUGGUUUUGACAUGGGUUGACGGAAUUUAAAUUCCCUGAUUAUGAAGUGCAAGAGUAAAACAUUUGAUGAAGGUUGCCGUGGAAUAUCGAGGGUUAAAUUACUCAGUGAUCAGACUGGAUAAACCUUGUAAUGACUCAGCUUGUUUUGAAAAAUUCCGGGUAGAAUAUUACGUUAGUUUUAUAAAUUCCGCUUCCGAACUUUUAUGUUUACUCAUUGUGCGAACUCUGGUUUAAUGUGAACGCGGUUCUCGGAAUCAAAUUUAAAUUUCUCGCAUUUUUGAUUCGCAUUCGUCAAGGGUUAGUUGAAAUAAAUUUGCUUGUUAUUGUGAAAAAUCAACGUGACAUCAGUUUGAAAAGCGCAUAUCCUCUCUUGUCGAUAAAUCAGUUGGCAGUCUGUUUUGUUCGGAGUAUCUGACGAUCCCCAGCUUGUUUUGACAGCGCUAUGAUGCAAGUCAUCAUCAUUGAGGGGGCAGAUCCAUAAAAACUGACGUCAAUUUGAUGAAAAGCCUGCUAAUGUAGCCGGCUCUUAUCGCUGCUGGCCGAGUAGGUGUUAAGCGAGAAACUGAGCAAAACGCGAAAACCGGCCAAGAGCGACGACAAGCAGCUGUAUUCCCAGGAGAUUUGAUAAAGAGAACGAAGGGAAGUUCACCUGCUUGUUUUAGUGACAACAAUAUCCCGUACAGUCCAUAUUGAGCGCACUAAUUUUGUGUCGAAAAAAACAAGGAAUACAACUGAACUAGAUUUGACCAUGUGCAGCAAGAAAACCAGCGGUAUAGCCCUCCUUGUUAUCGGCUUCAUAUUAGUUGCACUAGGUGUCAUAAUUGGAUUAAUGUUACCAAAUAAAGCGCAGACGACGGUGGAGGACAAUGUGUGUGUGGACAGUAAGGACAGCCCUGGAUACGACAGAUGGGAGGGUCCAACCGACUAUAUAUCAAAAGUUUACAUCUGGAACAUCACAAACAAGCAGGGAUUUCUUUAUCGAGGAGAAACGCCAAAGCUGGUUGAAAGAGGACCGUAUGUCUACAGUAUGGUAUCAAAAAAAGUGGGCGUAAGAUUCAAAAAGGGACAAGUUACAAGCAAGUCAUUUGAGCAAGCCAAGUUCAACAAGACGCUAACAGAAAAAGAAUGUGAAACAUGCCGCGAAGAUGACAAGCUGACGGUGUUAAAUGCUGCCUACCUUGGUUUAAUGGCAGAAGCUGGAACCGCGGACAACUUUGGCACUGCUUUCAUACCACUUGUAUUGAACCUCCUAUUUUUAGGGCUCAAUUCAACAACAAAAAGUCUGGAUGCUACUCUACUUGAGAUGGGAAAACCUCAAAACAUGUUUCAUUUAAAUCCUACCUACAAUCCUGCCUUUGGUUCAUGGUUAAAUUCCAUUCCGAAUUUCGCAUCUCUUCAAAAAAAUUUCACUUUAAUAGAGAUGAAAGGUUUAUAUGGCCCACUGCGGAAUGCUUCACAAUUCGGACCGUUUACAAAUCAAGCACUGCUAAGCGAAUGUAAAGGUGGUAAUUUGACCAUAGAAUGCGGUCUUUCGAUAAAUUUUUUGUUCCUUAAUACUUCGCUUGCAACGCGAGCAGCAGGGUUUAUAGGGAAGCUGUUGUGCCCAGACCCUGCAUCGGCUUGCUUCAAUACAUCAAAUUCACAGCUCAACCUUACAACUGUGGGAUUAUUCGUCAGCGAUUUGUCUAAGUAUGUGAUGUGGUACCUGGACGUCAACAACUACGGGCUAACGACUACUCGUAGCCAGAGUGAAAUAACACUUGGUUACCUGAUGGAAAAACUGCCAUUGCCUGAGUAUAAAAACGGGAUACCUGUGCCAGGCGCGGUUACCUCACAUGCAAAAGAAUCAGAUGUGAAGACAAACUCGACGUUCUACACGUGUGAAUCCACCGAUGGCGAGCGUUUCACUUAUGCAGCGAUAAAUGGCCAAGGGCAAGUUGCAAAGGACCUAUACCCAAACGCCACUCCUGAACAGCUCAAGAUCCGAGGCUACUAUACUCAGUUCCCAGGAGUUAAGAGUCUGAAGGCUUGCUCAACCAAGUUCACUCCAUUGGCCAACAGCUACGAACUUUUCAUAUCACAGUUUCUGUUUGCUGUUCCCAUAACAUACAAAGAAGAUGUGGAAAUACACGAUAUCCCAAUGCACAAAUACGGCCUGGAAAAGUCUGCACUUGAGGUUAAUAACGUGACCAUAUUUACCCGAGGGGUUUUUGACGUCAGCCGGGUUUUCAAAAGUCCUAUCCGCAUGAGCCUCCCGGGAUUUCUCUAUGGGGACCCUUCGUUGUAUCAGGAUUUGAAUCUUUCCACGCCAGAUGAAGGAAAAUAUGAGUCUUUUCUGAGUAUUGAACCGAUAUCAGGAACUGCCAUGCAGCUCAAACUUCGCCUUCAACUGAAUGGACAGUUUCUAAAAUCAGCAUUGCAUACAAGUUACCCAGAAACUAAGAAUGUGACCUUCGUUGACAAACCGAUACCCAUCUCAUGGGUAGAAACAGAAGCAAGUAUUGAUCAAGAGAGUGCCGAGGAAUACAGUUCACAGCUAUUUGGAGGACUGCGACUGGCGUGUGGUUUGCUCGUAGCUUUGCCUGUGAUUGGCGGAAUCUUAGUUAUUUUGGGCGUGGCUUUUAUUGUACUUGGUGUCAAGAAAGCUGAUUCCGUGACUGCAGCGUGAACCAACCUCACGCACUGUACAUAGAGCACAGGGAACUUUUGUGAUCGUUACAUAACACAUCCACUCCUUGACUAUUACUCCGAAGGAAAAAUGAACAUGAUCACCACAUUAGAAAAAUUAGUGCAGUCGAACCUCCACUGACGGCCACCUCCUUACAACGGCCACCUUUUUUGUCCCAGCGGACGGUCCAUAUAUUCACUCUUAUUCCAUCUCUUGACAACGGCCACCAGUCUUCACAACGGCAACGGUCACUUAAGUGCAUCCCAACUGCCAAAAAAACCUCUCGACAACGGCCAGUUAAUCAACGACUGACAAACAAUGUAUAAAAAAAACCCUAUUUUUUAUUGUAAAAGGUGACGAAACUUAAUCUAUACCACACGCAGUUGGUCUCUGUUUCUGCUUGGUUUCUGUUUCACCGAUAUAGUUUGGUUGUCUUACCUACAAGCAUUUUAAAAGACAAAAAAGUGUCAUAUUACGCUCCUACCUGCUCAUAAGGCCACCUCUCUACAACCGACACUCUCCUCUGUCUUCAAGGAGGCCGUUGUGAAGAAGUUCGACUGUAUUGCUAUCAUUCCAAUAGUUGCUUAUCUGGAAACUUUCAGAGUACUUUGCUGCAUUGGAAUUUAAAACCAUUUUUUGGGUUAAUGAAAGAAGAUUCUGCAAGAGUUAGCAGCGUGUUCUUUUGAGCGAGAAAAUCAAGCUAGUUGUUUUUACUGCAAAUUGGAAGGCACGGGGCAGUUAAUUGAAAAGCUUCUUUCCUUUUCUUAGGGUGUAAAUGUUUAGAAAAGACCGUUGAUAGAUGCAGCAAAUGUUUUAAUACUUAAAAUUCGAUUUGACUGUACAUUUCAUGAAAUAAUCACUGUCUUUGUGAAAAAUUGCUAAAUCCAGUUGUUUCUCCUAAGUAAGUAAGAGGUAAGAAACCAUUUGGCGUAAUGAUUUACGCCAAAAGGGAAUACCUAACUACAUUACAAUAAUAUACAUGUAAUAUAAUUAUGUCUGGAUUUAUGAAAGAUGUGUUAAAGAAAUCGCGCCCUGCUGAAGUUUCCAAAGUAGACGAUACAAAAAUUAAAAGGAAUGCCAAUCUUUUUUCCCUCCACUCUCUUAUCUUCCAUUUCUUGCUCUUCUCUCAGUUUUUUUGUUCUUCGCUUGAAGUGAUUUUAAGGCCUUUGGUAGUCUCGAAAUCAAGAUGCAUACGCGUGAUUUGGUGCACAGUAUUGACACAGUUUUCAUAAAUUCAGCCACAUAUACAACUGGUAAAAUAUAAGAUACGAGAAUAAGUAAAACAAAGGUAAAAUUUUCUAAAUGAUACAUCUUAAAAUCCUAUGAGAGGGAGCAAGUAAAUGAGUAGGUACCGGCUAAAAAGGUGAGUGGUGACGGCGGUAAAAUGGGUCAGCGGAGAGGCUGAUACAAUACACCUCUGCCUUAGUCGUUAUGGUAACAUGUAUUGUAGUGGGCGCCCUUAAUAAUGAGCGACCACUAGGUACCGGGCCUAGAACAAACUAAGUGAUUAUUGAAUGGAUCGAUAAAGAAAGCCACGUGAAAGAUCUCACCAUUGUAAUGUACAUAUAAGGUAGUCGCCGAUAUUUUACAGCGAAAAUAUGUCACAGAAACUUUCAACAAAUACAUCGAGUGUGAUUACGUAUCGUGGUUAACUACGAAGUCAAUAAUUCUUAACCCUCGAAUGUUAUCUAAAAAAAAAGAAAAGAAACAUGUAAGAUAAAUAUAAGACAAAGAAGUUCUCCGGUAAACCUUGUAAGAUAAGCACAAACAUAAGCUCAAAGAUUGUAGGAGACCAUAACAUGAGUUUCCAACACAAGAAAGUUCAUAGUCUGCGAUAUUAGGGAGUUCAAGCAAUGACAACAGCAACACCAAGGACAGUGCUUGGAGAAAAAUGAAUCCCCAAUUUUAGGACGGCUGAAAUGUAGAGAAAGCGUUCAAUUUCAAAUGGAACUACGAAGCGUUUGCAGUCUCACUUUCUCUAAGGUGGACAAAAUUUCGUCAUUUAACGUUGUAGUUUUGCAGAGAACGAAUUACCGAUGUAUCGAGAUUUAUAACUCACGUGCAGUGCCAUAUUACCACGCAUUAAAAGGCUAGUUCUCACUAGCGUAGAGGCAUGGGAAGAAGACACGUACGCAUGCGCAGUGGGGAGCUGUUAAAUAGCACCUCGUUUUAGGAAAGUUUCAUACUGUAUCUGGCUCAACCAUAUAAAUGUAAAUAUCUCCAUAACGGGUCUUUCUUUCGUUUUGCAAUUCAGUCAAGUGCGCAUGCGUCUGUAAAGAAGCAGACUGAGAAUAAACGUAAACAAGAUAACAGAA